AUGUCCAUAUAUAUACUUUUUAUUUUAGUUGCACUCUCCAAAUUUAUCUUCAUAGAAGCAUAUGGAUAUAUUCCUGAAACCUAUCCCAUCAAUUGGGAAAAUGUUUCCUCUACCCCUUAUGACCGAAAUUUAAACUCUCCCUAUCUAGGUGAGUGUGUAUGCGAUCAAACGUGGGGAUUAUGCGACCCCAACUGCUGUUGUGACAAGGAUUGCAGCGAACCUAUCAAAAAAAGUUUCCCAUACUGCCUACCAGAACAGUAUGGAUAUCCUGAUAUAGAAUAUUGCUAUCAUGCUAAUGAUGCGACUAAGAUAAUAAGGACUAACAUAAAUAAAGUAACUCACAUUAAACACAAAGAUGCAUUUGAUGCCACUUGUGUAGUACGUGCGAAUCACCCUGGCAACCUUUAUAGAUAUUUUAAGGUUCCUUCCGCAGUUGUAGAUCCUAAUUUGAGUGGUAAUGCAGACUGGAUUUCAAGCAAUCCAGAUCCAACCUAUAAAAUUGGUGAGCCAAUGUCACUCUUAAAAUUUUCAACUGUAAAUGGGAUAUCUGUAUAUAGAAAAUUAGGCACGGUGCAGGUUCCGAUACAGGAUAAAAAUGGAGCCUGUUCAGUAGUUGGAAAAAAUAUCGGCUUUCUUGAUGCAGUUAAUGGAGCUUCAUGCUUAAUGACUGGUCAUGCGAUAUGCCAAAGAUUUCCAGUCUCAAAUUUUGCAAACCUUUUUGUUGCACCUUCAGGGGCCGUUUCAGAACCUGAAACAACAAGUACAGGAAUUUACGUCCAUAUUUUUAAUGAUUCAGGUGCUCAAAUUGGGCUUAUAGACCCUUACAAUACGUUAUAUGAUCCGUCUUUAAAUUCACAUGAAGAUGGGAGGUUCUGCCGUAACGCUGUUGUAAAGGCUGAAACCGUAUUUGUUUAUGACUCAAAUUUUUCAGAUAAAAUUGCUAGUGUCAAUGUAAGUCUAUAUGUGGGGUCCGUUCAAUUGAAUAAAAUUGUUCCUAUGGUAUUUCAAUCAACUUUUGUCGCAUCAAACGAGAAUAUUCCCGAAAAAAUAAUCCCCGCACACCCUGGCUAUAUAGCUGGUGAACCUGUAAGAGCGGGCACAUAUGUAGCUAUUGAUGAUAAAUCUGCGAUACUUGAAAGGAAAGGUGGUUUCGCCAUUCCAAGUGGUGGGCAGUCGUGUUCGCUUCAAAAUUAUCGGACAGUGGAAUUUAUGCAUUCUGUGAUGAACUCAGGGUGCACUGUGAGUGUUUCCGAGAAUGAAUUAAAGGAAUUAUGUAAUACGGGCACAAAAAAAAUUAUACUUGACAUGUUAAAAAAAUCCAAUGGUAAGGAUGACGUCCCCCUUAUCAAUUACAUAGCCCAGACAUAUGAUGCCCUGGCUAAUAACACUCCCAGUUGGAUUCCGAUAAAAGGGUUAGAUGAAUUACCCGACUCGUCUGGUACGUAUGACCCUGUUACACGUCAGUGCAGUAGCAUAAUGGUAGGCAUAAAGUAUGAACUUGUUGUGGCACGAGCGGGUGUGGAAUAUAAUCCGCAAGAUGUUAUUGUCGGAGCCUUUGCAAAAGUAAUUUAUGGUGCAUGGAUGAUACGCAAUACGACGAACCUCACUGGUGAUGGAACCUCUCUUCAAACAAUUCGUUUUCAAGUUCUGUUCUCUCGGCACAAUCCUGACUCGCGAGCCACUAAUAGACGAAGGGUAGUUCCACCACCUCUUCUGCCAGAAUUGAAUGAUUCGAUUUUCUAUCCGUUUAGUGAUUAG